CGUCAUUGGUGUCGUCACUUCCUGCCGGUACCGGUGUGGACGGUGUGGGUCGUGGCCGCCGGUUCUGCGGUUCUCCCCCUCCCCUACUCUCCUCCCUCCCUCCCUUUCCCUCCCUCGACGGCGGUCGGUCGUCCGUCGCAGACUCCCUGACCCGUCCCUAACCCCUUUCUGACCUCAGGGCCACCGGAUUGGCCUUUUCCCGUUUCCCGGCUCAACCCCAGAGUCAGGGCGGGGGCCUUGAGGAGGCGGAGGCGGUGCCACGGAGGAGAGAAAAGACCAGACGACCCUCGGCUCCCCCGCCGGAUCGCACGGCUCGCAGCCGCCAUGGCAAUGAGGCAGACGCCGCUCACCUGCUCGGGCCACACGCGGCCCGUGGUGGAUCUGGCCUUCAGUGGCAUCACGCCUUACGGCUACUUCCUGAUCAGCGCUUGCAAAGAUGGUAAACCUAUGCUACGCCAGGGAGAUACAGGAGACUGGAUUGGAACGUUUUUGGGUCAUAAGGGUGCUGUUUGGGGUGCAACAUUAAAUAAGGACGCCACCAAAGCAGCUACAGCAGCUGCAGAUUUCACAGCCAAAGUGUGGGAUGCUGUCUCAGGAGAUGAAUUGAUGACCCUGGCUCAUAAACACAUUGUCAAGUCUGUGGAUUUUACGCAGGACAGUAAUUAUUUGUUAACCGGGGGACAGGAUAAACUGUUACGCAUAUAUGACUUGAACAAACCUGAAGCAGAACCUAAGGAAAUCAGUGGUCAUACCUCUGGUAUUAAAAAGGCUCUGUGGUGCAGUGAGGAUCAACAGAUCCUUUCAGCUGAUGAUAAAACUGUUCGCCUUUGGGAUCAUGCUACUAUGACAGAAGUGAAAUCUCUAAAUUUUAAUAUGUCUGUUAGCAGUAUGGAAUAUAUUCCUGAGGGAGAGAUGUUGGUAAUAACUUAUGGACGAUCUAUUGCUUUUCAUAGUGCAGUAAGUUUGGACCCAAUUAAGUCUUUUGAAGCUCCUGCAACCAUCAAUUCUGCAUCUCUUCAUCCUGAGAAAGAAUUUCUUGUUGCAGGGGGUGAAGAUUUUAAACUUUAUAAGUAUGAUUAUAAUAGUGGAGAAGAAUUAGAAUCCUACAAAGGACACUUUGGUCCCAUUCACUGUGUGAGGUUUAGUCCUGACGGAGAACUCUAUGCUAGUGGUUCUGAAGAUGGAACAUUGAGACUAUGGCAGACUGUGGUAGGAAAAACAUACGGCCUUUGGAAAUGUGUGCUUCCUGAAGAAGAUAGUGGUGAGCUGGCAAAGCCGAAGAUCAGUUUUCCAGAGACAGCGGAAGAGGAGCUAGAAGAAAUUGCUUCAGAGAAUUCAGAUUCCAUCUAUAGUUCAACUCCUGAAGUUAAGGCCUGAGCAUCAGGCAGAUGUACACAACUUAUGGACUAAAACAAACAGAGAAAAGCAUCAGCCUCCAGAGUUACUCUCUGCUUAAGGCAAACAUGAGCAGUAAAUAAUGAGGAAUAUGAAUUAGCUCCAGUGCUGGAACUAACCAACUUGGUGAUACCUAUAAGUGAAAACACAAGAGUAUCAGCUGAAGGCAGAUGGAGUUAUACUCUUGUAGUACGAUGGUCUGUUGUCUUUUUAAUGAAUAUGUGCAAACCAACAUCCAAUUUCUCUUAUUACAGGUAGAUUUCUUGUAGCUGUUUAUGUUAUUAUGAAGAGGGAAAAUAUAUUGGCUUAUUUUUCUGACUUUUCCCUUAAAGCAGAAAGCCAUUUUUUUUGCUUUAGUUAUAAAGAAGAGGGGGAUACAUGAUAAAGUGACUGGUUUGAUUUCUCUUUCAUUGUACACUGUUUCUGAACAUCUAAUUGUUUUUAGUUGUCUAAAUAAAAUGCCUCUAAAACAAAACUGCAUUUGUUUCUUGGGAAAAAUUGAUAGGUUUGAGUUUUAUAAAUGGAAAUUGCCAGAAAGUUUUUCUACAUCAUAACUAUAUGGAAAGACAACCUGGUUGAAGAAUCUGUAGUGAACAUAAAUUGUUUCCUGAUUUUGAAAUUCAAUUACUUGUACUGGAGUUUUGAAAUUUUUAUGUGCUUUGGUAGGGUUGAAUAUACCUUUCUUCCUCCUAGAUUGGAUAGGGAUACUUGACCUGCCUUUUAAAAAAAACUUUCAGAAUAAUGGCUUAUUUAAAUGAUACUUGCUGGUUAAAAGAAAAAAAAAAAAAGCAAUUCAGAAAUAGCAGAAAGAUAGCAGAAAAAUCACUCAAAAUCCCACUAUCCCAAAAAAAUCUAUUAAAAUUGAGUGAACAUUAACACACAUGAGUGUACCUCUGAAUGUGUAUAUGCAGAUAGAUAGGAAAGAUUUUAUAAAAAUGGUGUAAUUGUAGACCUGCAAUGUUUGUUUUACUUUAUCCUUUUAAGUUCAGGUGGUAUUCAAAAAGCCUUUUUUUUUUACCAACCUUUUAAAUGAAUCAACUGAGUUUAGAUUUGUGAUACAUUUAUUUUUUAAUAUGGAAGGAAUAUAUUGAACUAGUAGUUUGGAAAUACUUUAGAGAAAUGAAUAACAUCUCUGCCAAAUUGCUUUUUCUCUAUCUUGUGAAUGACCCUUGAUAACUUUCCUUCAAAGGAAUAACCAACCCAAAAAUAAGUUUUUGAGGAUUUCUGGUAAACUGGCAGAAAGCACAGUAGGCUGUGACUGCCUUAGAGGGCCAAGAGAGGUGUGUUGUGGGGAGAGGCAGCUGAUAAUUCACACAGGGUCUCACAGUGUGAGGGUGUUUUCUUGUCAACUUGCUACGUGCCUGGUUCUCUGCUUUGCAGCAGCAGUAUUGUCAGUGUACCACAGACUCUAAUCCUCGUCUGACUUACCUUAAAUACAGUUGAGAUUUAUAUGCACCAGAUUGGCAUUUUGAAAUCGCUUGGUAUUUAUGAAGUUUAUGACCAAAGGAAGUUUCUUCUAUUCAGGUUUCAUGAAAGUCAAAAGAAAAUACAGAUGCAUACUUAACACCAUCACUGGGUGGCAUAUAGCUUGAAAUCUGUAAAAGUUGUUUUAAGUUUAUGAGUUGAAGAAUUUCAGGCCAUGGAGCUCUGUCAUACCAUAGCUUAUACUUGCGUGAUUAGCGAGUUCAUGUUGGUCAGAUCUCUGGUUGACCGUACUUUAUUAAUUGUCAAGUUCUUAGGUUUUUAGAUUCUGGUUACCCAGUCAGGUCAUUUUAGGUUUUGGCUUUUGCUGUAUUAAUAAGAGUUGCUUAUGAUCGUUAGCUAAAAUCAAGGUGUUGGCAGAGCUGCAUUCCUUCUGGAAACUAGGAGAAAAUCUGUUUCCUUUUUCCAGCUUCCAGAGGCCACUGGCAUUCCUUGGCUCGUGGUCCUUUUCUCCGUCUUCAAAGCUGGCAACAUAGCAUCUUCAAAUCUCUGAGUCUCCUGCUACCCUCUUUCACUUAUUAAAAGGACAUUUGUGAUUACAUUGGACCCACCUGGAUACACUCCUCAGUUCAAGAUCCUUAAUACCAUCUGUAAAGUCCCUUUUGCCAUGUAAGGCAACAUUUGCAGGUUCCAGGGAUUAGGAUAUGGACAUUUUUGGGGGGCCAUUAGUCUGUUUUCCAGACCUUCUAAUGGUAGAAUCCUAUAGUAGAAAUUUAGCAAAAAGUUCAAGUAUAUAUAUACGAAAAUUGCAUUUGUCAAAGUCUCAAGUGUCCUGCGUGUUUCUAACCCAGUGGUCACUUUUCUAUUCUCAUCUUACUAAACCUUCAGCAGCAUUCAGUAGUUGUCUACUUCCUUGUUUUUGAAAUACUUAAUUUUUUUCACUUCUCUGCAACUUCUAUCACACUCCUGGUUUUACUUAAAUCUUUCUGGCUGCUUCUGAAUUUGCCAAUUCCUCCUUUUCUGCUUCAGGUCUGAUCUGUAGUUUCUAGCCCUGCUCUCCAAAGGGAAAACUCAUUGUGGGAUUCAGUGUUUUCUGAAAUCUUUCAAAUUCGUAUAUCCAGCCUGCUGCCCUGAGCACCAGAGUUUAAUGGCAUAGUUGAUGUUCUACCUUAACCUUUAGUAAGCAUUUAAGACUUACCUGUGGAAAACAAAUCUUAAUUUCUCAACCAAACCUAUUUCCCCCUCAACUUGUUACCCAUUCUGAUAAUGGGCACUGCCUAAACUGAAAGACAUAAAUCCUUGAGUCUGUUCUCUUAUCCCUAUUUUUAGUCUACAUGUAAGUCCUGUGGGUUCUCCUGAGUCUGUGCUUGCCUCGUGUCCACUGUUACCACCCUAGGCCAGGCUCCCUCAUAUUUCUCACGUAGACUGCUGCAGUGCCUUCCUAACUGUUCCCUCUUGCCCCUACUCCCUCACCCUGCCCUCAUGCCAUCCAUUUUCUACACAGUAGGAAAGGUAAUUGCUUUAGGACUUGAAGAGGCUGAGUGUCUUGUUUAAAUCCGUAGUGUCUUCCUAUCAUACCAUGUUUUUACUAUUUUCUGACUCUUGCUGCCUUUGUGACUUCAUUUUUCCCUUGCUUGUACUGCUCUAGCCUCAGUGGCUGCAUUUCACAAGCCCUUUUCACUUGGCUUGCUAUUUCUGCUACUUGAGACACUCUUACUUAAAUAUAUGCAUGGCUGACCCUUUCUUGUGAUUCAGGUAUCAAGUCCUGUGACCCUCUUGUCACUUGCUAUUUUGCCCUAUUUUAUUCAGAGUUCUUACCACUGUCUGAAAUGACCUUGUAUAUUUUUUGUCUUCACCAAUAUUGCUUUGCUUAGAAAGGUGGCUGGUAUAUCAUAAGUGCUCAAUAGAUGUUGAAACAAGUCCCUAAAUGAGCACCAGAUCUUACCAGACCAGUAAGAUGAUUUUUCAGUUAUGCAGCAGACCAUCCUCUCCACUGAAGAGUCAGACGUGGCCGGAACCUACUCAAAGUACUUGCCUCUCCAGUGAAUUCAUGUACAGCUUCAUCGGACUUGAGAUCCAAUAAACUAGGAGGACUUCAGCUUGUGUGAUACAGUCUCCCCAUCUCCACCCUGCUUCCCAUUCCAUUCUUCCUCUGGCGCUUCCUCUCUAUGUCCUAACGUCAUGGUAGCUCAAAUCCUGCCUAAGUUUUAGUAAUUUACCCUAGGAAUCAUUGCAUCUCCGUGUCAUCUAGAGGUUUCUUCUAAGAAACCAGGAUUGAGUACAGUCAAUUCUCGUCAGUAAAGAAAAGUUGAACACAUUCGUUUUAAUGUCUACGAAAUAGUAAAGAUGUACCAUAAUAACUUAAAGGUUACAUGUUUUAAUAGUUCAAAUUCAAUGGAAUUAUUCAUUUAGCUGCCUGUUUUUGAGACCAAGGUGGAGGCAAAUGGAUGUAACUGUUCAGGAUGGAGCAACAAAAUGGGGAAUUGAAAAUGCAGACCAAGGGAAAAUAUUUCUCUUGUAGGAACCUUAUGUUUUACACCUGAAUAUUUUCAGACAAACAGUGAUUCUGUUGAGUUACAUGUGGGUCUCACACUAGGGGGAUUUCUGAAGAAAAAGAAUUACUGGAGCAAGGACAUUCUCAGACAGGCUUAGCUUUUCUUUGCUUAGCUAUAGGAAUGCACAAUUGCCAGUGUGACAGUGUCACCUAGAUCAGUGUGACUUUAAAAUCAACAGAGUUCUUGAAGAAACAAAUGAGGCAUCUAACAAAUUUACCUGUGGAAAUAAGGCCGGAGUGUGCAUCUAAAUGAUAGCUAAUGAACAGUAACCAUACUUUAUAGGUUGAAUCACUUUAUGUAAUUAAUGAGAGAAUGGAAUUUGGUCAAGUGGAAAAUAACUGGUUAAAGUUUACAGAUGUCUGUAGAAAUAGUAUUUAUUAAGUGCCUUAUGUUAGAUUUUCUGCUUGGUUUUAAAGUACUGUUACUUUUUUUAAAAAUAUAUUUUAUUUAAUCCAG